AUGGCGACGGAACAACCCCAACCCGUCUCUGUGGACCAGAAGAUCAACAAUGAUGUUGCGCCUGAGAAGGACAAAAUGGCCGUCGAUGAACCUGUUGCAGAAGUAGCAGACGACACUGCCAAGCUAGAGGAAACCCCCACUACAAAUGGACAACCUUCGGAUAUAGCAACUGCAGCAAAUCAAGAAGCAUUCGCAGCAAACAACGGACUGUCGACAAAGUCGCCCGCAGAGUCCCCGCAAGCGCCUGCGACUGAAGACAGCGAGAUGAAGGAUGCGACUCAGCCAAAAGAGUCUCUAUCUACAGACAGUGAGAUGAAGGAUGUGAAUGGAUCCAAGGAAUCAGCAUCCACAGAAAAACCUGCUGCUGAGGAUGUAAACGGAUCCAAGGAUUCGGCAACCACAGAAAAGCCUGUCGCUGAGGAUGUGAAUGGAUCACAGGAAGAGGCAUCCCCCGAGAAACCUGCUGCCAAGGAAGCGCAAGAAGAGUCCUCGGUACAAGCGCCAGCCAGUCCCCCGAAGUCUGCCACGCCGAAACCCUCCACUUCCGAUGACGCCAUGGACCUUGAUGAGUCAGUUGAGCAACACGAGGAAAAGGCCAGCAAUGAAGAAGCAGACAAAACACAGGCCACCUCUACUGCAAGCGACAAGGGCGAGCCGACGUCACCGCAAGAGAUAAGCCAAACAGCUGAUGUCGCCAAGCUCGACAUCAAGUCUCCUCGACAAGAUACCCAAGAUGUGCCUAUGGCAGACCAGCCCACGCCCACUGGCAAGGUGUCCAGAGAACGCUCAGUUGAUGAAGACGGAGAGGAUGAACCGUUGGCGAAGAGAACGAAGCUGGAUUCUAGCAGCGCCAAACCCUCACCUUCAGCAGCUGACAAGGCUUCCGCUGAGGCAGGUCCCGAGGCAAAUACCGGCAAAGAUGAUAUCCAGGACGAUCAACCUAUUAAGGAACACCACAGCAAGGAGAUGCGCAAAGAGUUGGCAAGGGUGAAGAAGACCAAGAAUGGCAUGAAUUUCCGCCAACCGGUCGAGAAGCUCUGGCCAGGUAUCUGGGAGAGCUACAAGGCCAUGAUUGAUGACCCGGUCGAUCUUGCCUUAUUCGAACACAAGUUUCGGGACAACAAGUAUUCGACUUUCGGCGAGUUCAAAGCAGACCUUCGACUAUUGAACGCGAACGCACUCAAGUUCAACGGAGCUAACAACCCCGUCAGCAUAGCUGCUUCGCGUGUGUCGACUGAUCUUCUUGCCAAAUGGAGCGAGAUCUCAAAGAUGCCAGAACCUGCCAAGGCCGAGAAGGGCAAGCCUCAACCAACUCGACACGUAGAAUCUCGCGCAGCCACGCAGCCCCGCCGCCAGUCACAAUCGCAGGCCGCAGGCACGGCUACCAGCCCCAAGCCUAAAAAGAUCGAUACCACCGGUGCACCAUCUGCCUCCGCUACCACACCCGUGUCCACCGCUGCCCCUGCCUUUGCUCUCCCCCCCAAUGGAGUCCCUCAAAUUCGCCGUGACUCGACACGUGAUGACGCGGACCGCCCCAAACGUCCUAUCCACCCUCCCAAGAACCGAGAUCCGGAUUAUGGCGCCCAGAAUGCUCGUAAAAAGAAGCUCGAACCCGAGAUGCGCUUCUAUGCAGGUGUUCUGGAGGAUCUGAAGAAGGGCAAGUACUGGGCACAAAACCAAUGGUUCCUCGCGCCGGUGGACCCAGUCGCUCUGAACAUCCCGAACUAUUUCCAGGUUGUCAAGAAGCCGAUGGAUCUCAAGACAAUGACCGAGAAACUCGAGGAUGGUAAAUAUCGCAGCGGAAAGGAUGUUGAGAAGGACAUGAGACAGAUAGUGGCCAACUCGGAGCUCUUCAACGGACCUUCUCAUGUGACUCAGUGCGCUCAGGACCUCGAGAACUUGUUCAAGGAGAAGGUUGCUGAGAAGGCCAACUGGAUGGCAAAGAAUUAUCCUCCGUCGGCGCCGUCGGUAUCAGCUUCUGCACCCAGUCCCGAAGCUAGUGAUGCCGAGUCUGAGGAUGAAAGUGAGGCCGAGGCCGAUGAGAACUCAGAGUCGGUUCGCAAUGUUCAAUCGAGACUAUCGGAGGAACAAGUAAAGCUCAACGACAUGCUUGCGGCAAAGAAGCCCGACAUGACGAUGAUUGAGGUCCAGCAAAAUGUUGUUUCACUUUUGCAACGUAAGCUCGUUGAAGAAAAGUCCAAAGUUGGCGGCACCAAGAAGGCAAAGCCUCCCAAGAAAGCCGCGUCCAAGAGUAAGAGUAAGUCGGGUGCUUCUCAGACAACAGCAGGCUCUAGCAACAAGAAGGCCGCGGGAGGCGGUAGCUCCUCGAGCAAGAACCGUCCCGCACCCAAGAAGCCUCAAAGCAAGAAGCGAACCAUUGGCACACUCGAGAAGCAGGUCAUUACAGAAGGUAUCAGUGAGCUUGAUGGCCCUACUCUUGACAAGGCCGUGGAGAUUAUCAAGAGGGAUACAAACCAAAAAGAGGAUGACGAUGGGCAGCUCGAGCUGGACAUUGAGGUGCUGUCACAGGAUGCCCUUGGCAGACUCUUUGAAUUGAUCAACAAGGCGUAUCCCAACAUCUACGCUCAGCUAUCCAAGAAGCCAGAGUUCAGCAAGGACGAGAAGCGUGCACGCUCGCCAGCUCAGCCGAGCAAUCCAUCCAAGCCCAAGAAGAACAAGCCAAUGAACAAGGACGAGCAGGAACGCAAGAUUGAGCAGCUACGAGAGCUAAAGGCUCAGUUCCAACGGCAAGGAAGUGGCAGCCAGGAGCCAGCCCCCGAGGAUGAGGAGAAGUACAAAGCUGGUAAUUCGAGUGAGGAAAGCGACUCGGAAGAGGAGUAA